UCUCACUGGUGAACACAUUUGCUCUUUACAGCUUGGAUUACACAGAAGGGAAUUUUACACACUCUGUCCAGAAGAAAGAGAUUGACUUACUGGGAAGACUUAGACACACUCCGAUCAACAUGGGGAGUAGCAUGUCAUGCGUCCCUCAGCACAAUUUCAGGUUCUCCAGUAAGAGCUUUAUACGGCGAAACAGCAGUAGACUGUUCCGGAAAAAAAAUCCGCAGGAGGGGCAGGAGAAGUCCAACAGCAUCAUCAACAUUCUCUGCACGGUCACGCCGAGAAAGGAAAUGUCACCUAAAGAUCUCGAGACCAUAGACAACAUUAAAUGGAACCCGCCAUUUCCAUAUGACCCGGCCAGCGGCUGGAAGAAGAGCAGCAUCAAUGUAAAGAACUACGGGAGGUUGAUCCAUAGCUCCAAAGUGCGCUUUCGCUUUCUUCACUGUCAGGAUGUGCACGACUGUUACCUGGACCUGUUCCAAACCCACCUUCAUUUCGUCUCCAACAACACUACUGGACUCACCUAUCAGGGGACCCUUCCAUUAAAGGAGCUCACGAUUUGCAAGGUGCAGAACAGGACUAGCUUUGGCGAUCCACAGGAGUUUGCCUUCCAAAUAAACGGUGUCAGCCUAAACCCCAUCAUCGUCUACUGCUCUAACCAGGAGGAUAUGGACAACUGGUUUGGUCUUCUCAAGGAACACAUAGAGGCCAACGGGGGCACUGCGAUUACACCAGACAUUUACAGCAGAGUUAAGUUUCCCAAGGCCCAGAACACACAACAAUCAACAGAGGGGAAAGAAGAGCUGAGGAACUCCAUCAGUAAAGAGCCUAUCUAUGAAUGGGAGGGUUCUCAGAGAGAAAGUCUGGGUCCAAUCAUCUACGUCACUAAAGUCAGGCUACAGCAUUUGCCCUGUCAGGAGCAGUAUGAUAGACUGUUGGUCAUGUAUCCUAGCAAUCUUAUAAUACUCUCCGAGGAGAGUGACGGCUUGUUCUACAAGGGAAAGCUUCCUCUCAACAUGCUUACAGUCACCACCCCAUGCCAAGACAUCAAGCCGAAUACAUUUAUGAUUGAAGGGAAACUGAUUAACCCCAUCGUUGCAUCGUGUCAGAACACGAGCGAGUUCCGUGACUGGAUACAUCACUUCAAAGGUGCAGGGGUCCCUGUGCUUAGCCCUCCUCCACCUGUCUACGACAUCAUGUACACACCAACUCAUAAAGAGGCUCCUGAGAUAAGUAAGAGAUGGAGCGGAAGUAGCCGAGGAGGUGCUGAAGAGAUUAUACUGAAGAAAGUGCACAGUGGACGCAGAUCAUGUGAGCUUCAGCUGCCCUGCAGUGAUGACAACCCCCUUUCCCCUGGUUACACCGAGCCUCUCUGUUACAUCUCCAGCAGACCCACCUCUGUUGAUACACAGUAUUCGGUGAGACUGGGCAGCAGGAGCAAUAGCAUGUCAUCUCAAACCAGGCCUGCUCCAUUGCCCCUGCACUACUCCUCCCCUCAGCGUACUUCCUACCUGUCUUCUGAGGAGCCAAGGUCUCCUAUUUACAACACCCCAUACAGUGCAGUUCACCGUAAAACUACUGUACAACAUGUCGAGAAAGCCCCACUUAUCAAGUCAAACAGCUGGAGCACUCCCCAAAGCUCCAUAAAGUAUCAGCCCUCAAUUCCAAACCGCCACUCGGAUCUGCUGACCCACCGCAAACCUCUCUCUCCCUUGUAUGAUGACCCAACCACCCCUGGCAUGUACCCUCUGGAGGAGGACUUGGCAAAGGCAUCGUCGCAUUCCUCACAGGUUUCUGUGGAACAGCCUUGUCCUUCACUCCUUCCGGCCUCCUUCCGCUUGUGCACACCUCCUCUAGGCCGCCGGAACAGAGGCAGUCAGCCCCAGGAGUAUGAUGGGAACAACACGCAGUGGGCUAUGGAGCAACGUGCACAGGCUGUGUCCAGGCUAAAGCUGUUGCCUGCCCCUAACACAGUGAUACAGCACAACCAUAUCACACAGAGAGAGUCAGGCCUGAACGCCACACACACUCGGGACUUGCCCUACAGUCAAACCCCAGAUGAUCACUGCUAUCUUAAACCAGCGGAACCGGAUGACCAGGAAAUAGACUAUGACAACAUUUGGGAGUUCGACUGCAGUAACGGGAUGAUUCAAGCCUUGCCUGGAAUUUCAGCACACCGGACGCAGCCUGACUACAGCGCUCGAGGCCUCGCCGCUAUGGAAACACAGACGAGAUGGUCAUAAAAGAGAACAAUGGGCUUCCACCCGCCCGGACUUGUGCACAUAGCUGGCUAAUCUAUGCUUUACUGAACUCUCGCUCUCGCUCUCACUCUCACACACAGACAUAUUCACACCCUCUCACUGGCAUUGGGACAGGGCUUUGCAUAAGGCCAAGCUUCCCCAGUAUCAGUAAACAAUACACUGUGGGAAACAGUUGACCAGGUACAUGAACACUGCGUGUUUUUCCACAUUCGGUACAAAACAAGCCUUGCUGAUAACAUGUAACACAGAACAAAUAUUAAUUUUGUAAUUUUGGUAAAUGUAGCAUUACUCUACAUAUAGCUAGUUAAGAUACGAAAAAAGGAAAAAGGUUUUUUUAUUAUGUAUAUAGUGUAAAUAUAUUUUUUAAAAUAGAGAUUCUACAAUUGUUUCUCUUUGCACUGUUUUGUACAGAUAACUAUUAUUCUUGGGUUAUUUAUACAUUGGAUCACAGAUUUUGGUGUCUACUCAGUUACACACUGAAGUAAAUUCUUCCCAAUCUUUUCAUUAUUCAUUCCAGGAAGCACACCGAGCCCCAGCAUAUGUUACAAUUAGCAGGAACUUGGACAUGUUUGGGUUUAAAUAUAUUACAUGUACACAUAGACACUGCAAACUUUUCGUAAAUGUUUGAAUGUGUAUUCAUUCAGUUUGGUGUG